AUGGUUGCUGCCUCGCGCCGCACCUCAGCGCUGGGGGAGAUCACCCACCGCAGCGGUGCUUCCGGGCACCCAGCAACGCCUGAUCCCCCCCCUAUACUAUCCUCCCCGCGUAGUGUUGCUUCGGCGACGCCCGGCCUUGAUCUUAUUGGGGGCCCUCGCCGCGCUGGGCCCCUGGUGUAUCCGCUAUUCCUGGAGGGAGCCGCCCCGUGGGAUCCGCCGUUCGCCGGCGUUGUCCACGGGGUCUGGACCCUUCAUCCGAGGGCCACAUGCCGCAGCCUGCCAGCGCCUUCACGGGCGCCUGGUCGGAUCACCUGCGUGCGGACUGGUGCUGAGGAGUUUAGUGGGGGCAAUUGGAUGGUUUCAGCGUCCCCCCGGUACGCCGGGGGUGCCGCCGCAACCGGGCGCCUCGUGCGCCCCUUCCAUUUAACUACAUUCUACCCCUUCGGGGGUCUGGGCUCCCGGGACUCUCUCGCCGCAAGGCGGGUGGGCCCCCGGGAUGUCUUGCCAUGA